AUGACCGUGGCCGCAGCGGCGGCGGAGUCGGAGGCGGCGCUACCAGUUGUUGACUUGCGGUCCUUCGACUCGGUCGAGGACCUUGCGGCCGACCUCAUGCGCGUCGGCAAGGAUCCCGGUUUCUUCUACGUUGUUGGCCACGAGCUGCGCGACGACGUCGCAGCCGACAUGUUUGCUCUUGCCAAGAGCUUCUUCAGCUCACCCCUUGAAGAGAAGUUGGUGUACGCCAACGGCAGCGGCGACCUGGGUUACACCGGUAUGAGAGAAGAAACGCUUUCGGGAGCAGGGCCAGGCGACGUUAAAGAGUCCUUUUACCUAUCAGACCCCGGUAAAACGACGCAGCUGCUUCCAACCGAGUUGGAGUCCCGCCGAGAGACAAUGUCGGCCUUCUUUGCGGGUUGCGACAACCUCGCAAAGACUCUUUUGGAAGGACUUGCAGUUGGAUUAGGUAUGCCAAGAGAUUUUCUAUCAAAGGCCCAUACUGGCGAAUGUUGUCGUAUGCGUCUCAUAAACUAUCCCCCGGUAUCCGAGGUCUCAUCAUCCACCACCACCUCCUCGCCUCAAGACGACGCCCCAACCUCUAACUCGGAAGAUAUCCGAGCGGGCGCCCACUCCGAUUACGGCUCACUUACCCUGCUUUUCCGCCAGCCCUCGGACCAGGGCGGCCUUCAGGUCCUGCGAGGAGGAGGAGGAGGAAACAAGCUCUCCGCGUGGGCUGACGUCCCCUGCAUCCCCAAUGCCAUUGUCGUCAACAUAGGCGACGCCCUGGAGUUCUGGACCGCAGGGAGGCUGCGGUCUACGGUGCACAGGGUCGCCUUUCCCAGGUCCGCGAGCGAGAAUGUCGCGAGGUUAAGUAUACCCGUGUUCAUACAGCCUGAUCGCCACGUCGUGUUGGCACCCAUCAAGGAGGACCGAGGGGAUAGCGGUGGCGGCGGUGCAGGUGCCGAGUUUUUGGAGGUUUUGAGAAGAAAGGGGUACGAAAGUGCCGAGCCUGUUACCAGUCGGGAGCAUUUGGAGCGACGGAUACGAGCGACGUACGGCAAGGCUUAA